CGUGAUCACUCACAGAAGCAAGCUGAAAUCUAAUGGAUCCUUAGGAAACAAUGGACCCAUUUGACAGCUUCGAUUCUCGGGAAGGGGCGUCAAAGGCUGCGGCGACAAAUGCUGAGAUAACGGCACCGUGGUCGUGCUUCUCCGCUUGGCUCGAGUGUGUGUGCGUCGUUACCUUCGACCUCGAGCUCGGACAAUCUAUUGAGCUCGUUUACCCCUAUGAUGCCAAGCUCACAGAAAAGGAGAAGACAAGCAUCUGUUAUUUAUCCUUUCCUGACUCAUACUCAGGAUGCCUCGGGGACACUCAGUUCAGCUUCAGACUGCGGCAGUCUGUGGGCCGGAGUGGCUCUUGGUUUGGACAAGAGGACGUGUACAACAGGGACGCCCCCGUGACUCUGCAGAAGGAGCAUGCACAUUUCCAUGGUUACGUGUAUUUCAGACAAGUGAAAGAUGCAUCUGUCAAAAGAGGCUACUUUCAAAAGUCUCUGGUGGUGGUGUCUAGACUUCCAUUUGUGCACCUGUUCCACUCGCUGCUGCAGGUCAUUGCUCCUGAAUACUUUGAAAAACUUGAACCUUUUCUGGAGACAGUCUGUAAUGAAAUUGACCAAUGGCCAGCACCGAUACCAGGGCAGAUUCUUAAUUUACCUGUGAUGGGUGUGGUGAUGCAGGUCAGAAUUCCCUCAAAAGAUGAAGUACCAAGAGGAAGCCCUGUAAAACAGACACAAACUGAGAAUGAGCUCCCUGCCCCCACAGUUCUUCCAACAAUUUUCGAGCUGGAUCUUUUUAAAUGUUUCCAGUCAGUCCUGAUUCACGUGCAGAUGCUCUGGGAGCUGAUUUUGCUAGGAGAGCCAGUGGUUGUUAUGGCACCUUCUCCAAAGGUCUCCUCAGAGACUGUGCUGGCUCUGGUUGGCUCCAUCACCCCAUUGCACUACUGUGGGGAUUACCGGCCCUACUUCACCAUUCAUGACAGUGAAUUCAAGGAGUACACCACCAGAACUCAGGCACCGCCCAGUGUGAUACUGGGUGUCACAAACCCUUUCUUUAUAAAGACCUUUCAGUGCUGGCCACAUAUCAUACGAAUUGGAGACCUCAAGAUGUCUGGUGAUUUGCCAAAGCAGCUGAAGACCAAGAAACUUGCCAAGUUGAAAACACUGGAUACAAAACCAGGUAUAUACACAGCGUACAACACGUUCCUACACAAAGAUAAAGCCCUUAUCAAACGACUCUUAAAGGGUAUCCAGAAAAAAAGGCCGUCAGAGGUGCAAAGCAGCAUCCUAAGGCAGCAUCUGUUGGAGCAGACACAGAGUUUCAUUCUCCCACUGGAGCAGUAUUUGGCCAGUCUGAUGCCCCCGCAGAGAACUAUAACUCCAUGGAAGACCCCUCCUCAGAUCCGGUCCUUCAGUCAGGAGGAGUUUAUGAAGACACUGGAGCAAGCACAGCUUACCUCUGUGCUGAAAGGAGAUUGGAUGGGCCUGUACAGGCGGUUCUUUCGUUCUCCAAACUUUGACGGCUGGUAUCGUCUCAAACACAGAGAGAUGACUCAGAAAGUAGAAUGUCUUCAUUUAGAGGCCAUCUGUGCAGCUGAUCUGCUGACAUGGACCAAAGACAAAUCAGAGGUAGAAAUUGUUGACCUCAUCCUGAAAUUGAGAGAAAAACUGGUGAGAGCUCGAAAACACCAGCUUCAAGUGAAGGAAGAGCUACUGAAGAGAUUGGAGCAGUCCAUCCAGACCAUUAUCAGCUCCUUGCCAGAGGAUCUACAGACAGUAUUACACAGACAAUGACAAUAAGACCCACAUGAGCACUGACCAGCAGACCCUUUGACAUACACAGACAGUCUUUGAUAACACUAAUAUUCAGAAACACUGAUAUCAGCACCCAUACCAGCAAUAUACAGUUGAAGUCAGAAGUUUACAUACACCUUAGCCAAAUACAUUUAAACUCCAUUUGUCACAAUUCCUGACAUUUAAUCAUAGAAAACAUUCCCUAUCUUAGGUCAGUUAGGAUCUCUACAUUAUUUUAAGAAUGUAAAAUGGCAGAAUGAUAGUUGAGAGUAUAAUUUAUUUCAGCUUUUAUUUCUUUCAUCACAUUCCCAGUGGGUCACAAGUUUACACACACUUUGUUAGUAUUUGAUAGCAUUGCCUUUAAAUAGUUUAUCUUGGGUCAGACGUUUUGGGUAGCCUUCCACAAGCUUCUCACGAUAAUUUGCUGGAAUUUUGUGAUUUUUAAUUGAGAAUCAUUAUUGAUAGUAGUCCAUGUGAUUUAGAUUGAGCUCUAAUGCAAUCAAAACAAAUAUAAGGUUGGUUUAAUGGCAACAAAACACAAUACCUUCACGUAUAAGCUACUUUAAUUAUAUAGCACACAAUAUUAAAACUACCUGCCUAAUAUUGUGUAGGUCCCCCUCAUGCUGCCAAAACAGUGCCAACCCGCAUGUCAGAAUAGCAUUCUGAGAUGCUAUUUUUCUCACCACAAUUGUACAGAGCAGUUAUCUGAGUUACCGUAGACUUUGUCAGUUUGAAUCAGUCUGGCCAUUCUCUGUUGACCUCUCUGUUGUAAUCCCAGACUGACAUGAUGUUCAGUGGGGGGCUCAGUGGUGGCCUUGCUGUCUGUUGCGGGGCUCCGUGUUCUUCUAUUCUAAUAUUUAUAUUUACAAAAUUAAUGUUUGGGAGUCUAACAUUUAUAUUUCCUAUUGACACACAAAAGCUGAAGAUAUAAAUAACCAUCUUAAGAAAUGCUUUUGUUAAACAUCUUAUGUGCCUAAGACUUUUGCACAGUCCUGUAUAUUGUAUCUUUCUGCCACAAAUGUCCCUCUUUUUUGUUUUUCUAAACCUUGGACCUUAUUUGUAAAGAAAGUAGAUUUCUGAAAAAAAAAGUGAAAUUUUCACUUUUUAUUAGUUUGUCUAAAAAUGUGAACCACACUCUGCACUUUUUUUUAUUAUUAUUUUGACAUUUUCAGUUAGUAUAUGUAUAUUCAUGUUCUAAGGAUCAGCCAUACUGGAGCUGAGAACAUUUAGCGUCUUAUUAAUGCAAGUUUCUGUGAUUGCUCCUCAACAGACAACAGCUUAUUUUGAUCGCUUGUUUGAUUAGUUUUAACCAGUUGAGUUGCAAUUAUUAAAAUGGAUUUAACAUAAAUAAUGCCACUGUUUCAGUUUUACUAAAUAUUUGUCUGUUUUUUAUAAUUAGGACUAUAUUAUAGUCUCUGUUUAAACAGAUAAGCUGUAAGACUGUGUAUAGACAGCUUGUGAUGCUAAAUUAUAUGUUAUCAUUAGCUGUGCUUUUGCUUAUUUAAGUGUGUAAUAUGUCUUAAAAGGAUGGAAGUUGAUGUAAGGCCAAUCAAUUGAAUGGAUAUGGUGCAUGCACAAUGGGGUUUAUAAAUACAUAAAAACAAUAAUGACAACAUAUGGAAUUAGCCACAGCUGAAUGUACUUUGUUUGUUUUCUGUAUUUUAAAUGUUACCUUAGAUUAUUUGCAGAAAACUCCACUUCACUAUUGAUUUAUUUGUGAAUAAAAUCUGAUCUGAGGUGGAAAGUGGCUAAAUCAUGGUUAAAUAGUCGAUCACAUGAAAAUAUUCAAAUACCUGACAUUGCAGAUUGUUCAGCAUACUCUUUUUUUAUUAUUUUUUUUUUUUUAUUAUUCUUUUCUUCUUUUUUUUUUUACUUUAGUAAUAAACAGAAUUUGCAACGAGUCAACCAGAUUUAUAAUAUUUUUUUUAAAAAAUUUGCCAUUGGAUUAUUACAAAUGUAUAUUAUUUUAAUGAUA